AUCGCGGCGGUAACCGGCCUCAGCAGGCGGGGAAGAUGAAAGGUAGCCGGAUCGAGCUGGGAGAUGUGACACCACACAAUAUUAAGCAGCUGAAGAGAUUAAACCAGGUCAUCUUUCCAGUCAGCUACAAUGACAAGUUCUACAAGGAUGUGCUGGAGGUUGGCGAGCUAGCAAAACUUGCCUAUUUCAAUGAUAUUGCAGUUGGUGCGGUAUGCUGUAGAGUGGAUCAUUCACAGAAUCAGAAGAGACUUUACAUCAUGACACUAGGAUGUCUGGCACCAUACCGAAGGCUAGGAAUAGGAACUAAAAUGUUAAAUCAUGUCUUAAACAUCUGUGAAAAAGAUGGCACUUUUGACAACAUCUAUCUGCAUGUCCAGAUCAGCAACGAAUCAGCAAUUGACUUCUACAGGAAGUUUGGCUUUGAAAUUAUUGAGACCAAGAAGAACUACUAUAAGAGAAUAGAGCCUGCAGAUGCUCAUGUGCUGCAAAAAAACCUCAAAGUUCCUUCUGGCCAGAAUGCAGAUGCGCAAAAGACAGACAACUGAACAAAUUACAAAUGAACUUUCUUGCACUUGCUUGUCGCCAAAUAAAAGAGAGGCCCAUUGAUUUCCCCACCCCCACCCCUUUGUUUUGAAGCUUUUCCCACUCCUUGUUCUUGUUUUUCCUCCUUUCUUUCCUUCACUUUCCUCUAAAAGUUUUAAUACUUUCAAAAUUAAUCAUGUUUAGGUUGUUUUUGUUUUCUUGUUUUUGUGAGGUGGUUUGACUAUAGGAAGUAGAGGUAUAGAUCUGUUUAUUUCACAGUUAAGAUAUAUGGUCCUGAAAAUUUGGGUAUCAAUUUCAAUUUAUUUUUGACUUUUUUUAAUGUCCUGCUUUCACAUUGAAGGGCAGAACCUACAAAAUAUAUAUUUCAAAAGACAAAAAGCAGUAGCAAUAUCUUGUUCUCUAAUCAUAGACAAGUUUAGUGUGUUUGUGGUACUUUGGAUUUUUCAAGACUGUUUGUGGGAUACUAAUCCCUAGACAUUGCCUUCAACUCCACCUUUUGUCCUUCUAAGUACUAUCUCAGGAGUUGGACUAUUGUUAUCCUUGUAAGAAAUACAAAGCUUAUUUUGUGUG